AUGGUGGUUUGCGACCCGGGAGAGGAUCCAGCAACAUUCGCAGGACAUGACAUUGCGCAGAUGCGGCUUGUGGCGCGGCGCCUGGGGUGGGCCCCCGCCAACUACACUUUCAAAUGCAUCCAGUCAUUCGGCUCCCUUAUAGCGGACCUGAAGAACGGGUCGGAAUGCAGCAUGGCGGCGUCUGCCAUAACGAGAUCUGCGGAGAGGCAGAAGGAGGGCAUUCAAUUUUCGUACCCGACGUACAGGGCAAGUCUGGGAGUAAUGGUAAACGCCCGCGUGAGGGAGGGGUCCCACUGGGGCUUCCUGACCCCGCUGCACUGGAGCGUGUGGCUGUCCACCACUUUGACAGCUUUGGCGGUGCCGCUGCUCGUGUUCGUCAUCGAGAGCGUCGCGUGCCACGGGUUUGUGCACCACGGCGAUUGGGUUCACGGCCUGAGGAACGCCACGUGGGAUAGCUUGAUAGCCCUGGUGAACUUUGGCCAUUUUCAGGUGAAGUCCACAGCUGCGCGCAUGGUGGUGCUUGGAUACGGCUUCUUGGUUCUGAUCAUAAUUCAAACGUAUGUCGCUAAUCUGGCUGCAUUCCUGACCAUCUCGCAAGUGGAGACCGCUUUCUCGAAGAUUGAAGACUUGUACGGGCAGAGGGUCGCAACUGUCGAGGUGUACGAAACCCAGCUGAGGAGACAGGGCAUCAUUCCCAUCAUUAUGGUGCAGGACGAUGAUAUCCUGAGCAGAUUUGUUCGAGGACUCAGAAGCUCUCAUUUCAAGGCUGUGGUUAUGGACGAGCCAUGGAUGACCAACACGGUCAAAAACGGCAGUAGCUGCGACCUGCAGAUGCUCCCGGAAACAUUCAUCCCGUUCGACUACGCUUUUGCAUUCCCGCCGCGGGCUCCCAGGGAGUUUGUGGACAUGUUGUCUCGCGAGCUGCUGCGGAUGCAGGAGGAUUUGAAUUCAACCAGAAUCGCCGAUACAUACAUUAGAUCUGCAAAUGGCAGUUGCCCGGAGCGCAAUUACAUCAGCGACACGCAGGCGGUGACUAUCGACAAGGUCGUCGGCCUUUGGAUCAUAUUGGCCUUCUGCAUAGCACUUGCGGCCGUCAAUCUGUUUUGGAACCGCUUUUGCCGCGUCUCCAAGUCUCCGGGCGACUCCGCGGCCGUAGUGCAGUGCAAGCUGAGGCAGGCCUCCAGGUUGAAGCGCAUGAAGCGCACCCCCACCACGUAUCACCCGAACGCAUCCGCGGAGCUCGAACGACCAUCCUGCCAUUGCCGCGAAUUCAUGCAGCGCGUGGGCGACGUCCAAGACGUGAUAGCCACGCUGGCGGAUGAGAUUCAGCGCCUGGCGCAGGCACACCACGCGGUAUCGAUGCCGGUCGCUGGUAUCGAUAUCGAUAUCGACACGGUAUCGAUAUCGGCCCGGGCGGAUGAGGCCGGAGAGGUUCCUUGCGCUCCCCUGCGCAGCGGCUCGUUUGUUGCACCGGGUGUCUGGGUGGAGCGGCCGGAUGGCACAAUUGUUGACAUUGAUGACGUCGUUGCCCAUGUGCAUGACUCGGCAAAAUCGAGAACAGGGUAG